AUGGCGGCGCCGUUUGAAGUCGACGAGGCCCUCGUCACCCGCGUCACCGACUACGUCAAGGAGUACAUGUCGCACUACGACGCCUCCCACGACUUCAACCACAUCCAGCGCGUCCUGCGGCUCGCCACGCACAUCCAGGCCCGCACGCCCAACACCUCGCCCGCAGUCGUCACCCUCGGCGCGCUCCUGCACGACGUCGGCGACAAGAAGUACCUGGGCCCCGGCGAGGAUGCCUCUCGCCUCGUCCGCGACCUGCUGGAAUCCUACGGCGCCGACCCGGCGCUCGCGGAGACGGUGCAGGCCGUGUGCCUGGGCGUCAGCUACUCGAGCGAGGUUAAGGACCCGGGGCGCGUGGCCGCGCUGAUCGAGACGCACCCGGAGCUGGCGGUCGUGCAGGACGCGGACCGGCUGGACGCGAUUGGCGCGGUGGGCGUGGGCCGCACGUUCGCGUUCGGCGCGGCCAGGGGCAGGCCGCUCGAGGACACGGUGGCGCACUUUGAGGAGAAGUUGCUGAAGUUGGAGGGCAUGAUGAAGACGCCGACGGGCAGGGCGCUGGCGAGGGAGCGGGCGCAGAGGAUACGUCUGAUGCACGAGUGGUGGCUGGAGGAAACUGGAGACGAGGUCCGGUAA